CACCCCGUGGAUGAAUCUCCAGCCCGUGGGUGUUUCUCCACGCCGUGGGCGCACUGGGACGUGUUUGAUCCGAGACGGGGACAAGACCAGACGUCUCCUGGAAGGCGCGGUGUCGUGGAUCUGAUUUGUGGUGCUGUCGACUAACCCAGAACGCUGUAACCGCCACCACCACCAGCACCACCAGCAUGGCAACCAUCGCCAUGGAUAGAAUCGGUCGGCUGUUCAUCAACCUCCAACAGCUCCGGCAAAUGCCCCUCCUGCUGACCCAGGCGGCCCCCUCCAUGCCGGCCAACCUCCGGGACACCGAGGUGCCCCGGUACUUCCGCGAGGCCCACGUCCACUCGGGCUACCGGCCCCUGGGCCAGUCCUGGAGCUACUACCUGCGGUCGCUCUUCCAGCGGCACAACGAGACGGUCAACACCUGGACCCACCUGCUGGGCUUCCUGGUCUUCCUGCUCGCCCUGUGCCGCCUGGCCGAGACGGUGGACUUCGUGGGGGACCCCCACGCCUGGCCCCUGCUGGUGCUGGCCGUGUCGGCCAUGGGCUACAACGGCUGCAGCGCCGCGGCCCACCUCCUGGGCGGCAAGUCAGAGCUGUGCCACUACCUCUUCUUCUUCAUGGACUACAUCGGCGUGGCGCAGUACCAGUACGGCAGCGCCACGGUGCACUUCUACUACGCCCUGGAGGAGAGCUGGCACGCCCGCGUGGCCGGCGUCUUCAUGCCCGCCGCCGUGGUCCUCUCCUGCCUCUCCUGCCUGGGCUGCUGCUACGGCAAGUUCUGCAGCCACAGCCUGCCCACCUGGGUGCGGCGGGUGGGCCAGGUGACCCCCUCGGCGCUGGCCUACGCCUGGGACACGAGUCCCGUGUUCCAGCGGCUGUUGCGGUGGUCGGCGGACGACGACGAGGCGGCGCUGUGCUUCCACCUGGGCCAGGUGGUGUUCUUCCUGUCCAGCGCCUUCUUCUUCACGUACCCGCUGCCGCAGCGCUGGUUCCCGGGCCGCUGCGACAUCGUGGGCCAGAGCCACCAGAUCUUCCACGUGCUGCUCAACCUGUGCACCCUGAGCCAGAUCCGGGCGUCGCACCUGGACUACCUGGGCCGCAGGAGGCUGUACUCGCGUCUCCAUGGCGAGGGCGAGGCGGGGCUCGUCGUGGGAUUGUACGUGGUCACCGUGGCGGCGUGCGUGUUGAUCGCGGCCGGUAUGGUCGUUAAAGUCAAGCGAGUGCUGGACGGCAAAGUGCAGAAGUGCAAGUGAGGGUAAGGAAUUUGUGUUGCGUGGUGAAUUCUGGACUGGCCUGGGGGUUUGACACAUGGUAUGACCCAAGGUUGAGACUUACCAAAAACUGCAAAACAGUGUUUUGUUCAUUCAUUUUCUGAGAUGACAAAUAAGUAUUGUAUAAGUUUAACACUGAUAUUUGUAUAUGAUGAUAUACUUGAUCAGCCUAAAUAAUUUCGUGCACAUUUACGGGAUUAUAGCAAGGCCAUAAAUGGAAAUAUCUUGUAUUUACUUUGUAUUAAAUACAAAUAUAAGAAUAUGUUACUAUAUAAUCCCUUUAUAUCAGAAGCCUGGCAUUUUAUCAAAGUUACAGUUAAGUGCCAUUAUUGUAUUUUUAGAGAGAGAGGACGAUUCUCCCAUGUAUUAUAGAAAAAGGGACAGCAGAUUUGCCCCCUGUAGGCCGGUCAGUACACUGAAUAAAGAUCUGCUAUUUUGGGUUUGGUAAAACAGAGCUGGAGGGUAGAAUAUUAUAAGAAAUGUGGUUUAUGCAUCAUAUUGAAGUGCAAUGAGUGCCAAUAUAAGUAUGUCCGAGCAAGGAUAUGAAACUUUGUGGACUUUUGAAAUGUUGACCUUUUGAUUGUCAGGCAACCACAAAGAAUAUAUUUAUAAAGAAUAUAGUAUACCUGCUGUAUCUCAAUUUAUAUCAAAUUGGAUCAAUGCUGUGUUUUAAUAAAGCCCUCCCAACCAUGCACUAAUCAGGCUGAGAUCACUGUAUCAAGUGUAACCUUGGAAAAGGAAGCUCCUAAGCUUUUGAUAAAUGCUGGCUUGUUUUUGGACCGCGUUUAUGAUGACCUUUGGGUUACGAUAGGAAAGUCUAGACUGUGUUACUAUGCAUAUCUGAGGCAUGAUAUUUUUUGCUAUCGCUAAAGAGGUACUUUGCGUUAACUACAGUAAAUAAGAAUAAUUAAGGUUUUCACUUAACUUACUUUAGGCAUUAUUCAUAGACUUUUGUUUUGUUUUGUUUUGUUAUUUCUCUUUGUAUUCCAUCUGUUUUCUAAUGGUUAGCCUUGAGACUGUUUGCGAUAGCAUUUUUCUGGUCCGUCGAAUGCUCAACCGUUUUAACCGAACAUACAAAAGACUGAUUUUGUCAAAGGGUUUGGAUUUUUUUUUUUUAUGUUGAACCGUGCAGUGAAUAGAAAAAUUAAUGAUUGUUGGUGAUUUCAAGUAAUUGUGUGCAGAUGGAACGGGUGUGUGGAGAGGUGGGGCAGUUUAAUUAGUGUUGUUGUCGCCAGGUCUGGCUUAUUUAUCUUCAUCUCCGGCUCCCUUCCCAGUGGUCUGAGCCAGGCUCUGACGCAAGCGUAGACCACCUCUGAUUGGCUCCGGCUCAGAGGUCUCCAUGGUGAGCUCAAUUAAACAGAGGUUGUGCACAGAGGGAUUUAAUAAAGGUGUAAAGAAAAAGAUGCUGUGUGCGCAUUUGUACAUACAAGCCAACGCAUUUGUGCACUGUGUACGUUUGUCCGUUUGGGGAUCUCACAAUUCUCAAACACAAAAUGUAAACAUGUUUACAAAAUGAAGGCAAGGACGGUAGUAAUCAAUUUGGAAGGGUUUGAAAUGUGAAUGUGAAGUCUGUAUGUUUAGGGACCAAUACAAUCAUUAUCAUACAAUACAAAUAUUAGAAAAUAAAUAUACUACUGUUGAACAUGA